CUUGUUUACAACUAGUCAGACCACUUUUUGAACCAUUGACUGUUUCCUUUUUUAACGAUGGACACAAAAAUACACCUGGAAAUCACCGGGUUAAUUAACGAACAUAAUUUCCAGGUUGCCAGAAGUAUUGCCGAGGCCCUCAAACAGAAGUUUCCGGAGGCAUUCCUUGAGCCAAAAAUUCAACCCCUAAUGGAAAUUGACUGGCACACAUAUUUGUCCCAAAAGAAAAGGGAGAUGCGUGGUGAAGUGUGGCAGUACUCCAGCAGCCUGAUGUGCUUUGCAGACUCCGUUCUCCUUGGUAAUGAGAAGGAUCUCGCCUGCUGGGCCAAGAACCAGUGGAGUUUCUCUUUCACUCGACCACAGGCUUUCUAUAUGGCUCUCACUGAAGACUACUACACUAAACACCUCCGCAAAACUGGGCAACAGUUUGUCUUCAUGGACAUUGAAAUAGCCGGAGAGGAUGUGGGGAAGUUAUUGUUUCAGCUGUUCUCAGAUGUUUGUCCAAAGACAUCGAAGAACUUUGAGGCUUUGUGCACAGGAGAGCGAGGGCUGUCACAAAGUGGCUUCCCACUUUGCUACAAGGGCUCUGUGUUUCAUCGUGUGGUGCCUAAUGGCUGGGUCCAAGGUGGAGAUAUUUCUCCAGAAAGGAAAGGUGAUGGAGGGGAGUCAAUAUAUGGUCCAACAUUUGAAGAUGAGAGCUUUGCCGUGUCCCAUAGUAGACGGGGCACUCUCGGAAUGGCCAAUAAAGGCCCCCAUAGCAAUGGAUCCCAGUUUUACAUCACCCUGCAGCCAACCCCCUGGAUGGACAGGACCUAUGUUGCUUUCGGUCGUGUGGUUGAGGGUGUUGACGUCCUCAAGAGAUUAGAAGAAGCUGUUACUUGCAAUGAAAGACCCAAGUAUGAAUGUAGAGUUACAGAUUGUGGAGUGUUUAAAUUUUAAGUGUCUGAAUGCUUGUUUUUGUAUUUCUUUUCUUUUAUUGAAAUAAAAGAAGAGACAUAUGACUGUCAUUUGGUAUGUCUUUGCAAUUUUUCACACUCAGAUAAAGUAGGUUCUGUAUCUUUAUGUUGUCAACUAGCAUUUUGUGAUCACAUUCACAUCAGUUACUCUUUGUAUGUAUAUUUCAAUAUAUAUUUUUAGUGGUUACUUAGAGUGGAGGUUAAUCCACAAAAUACUUACAGGUAGUACAAAAACAUGCACAAUAUAUUAAAAUAUAUGUAUGACUUAUGAAUAGGGCGCAGAAGUUAUAUGAAUACAUUCUAAAUAACCCUGUAUCGGUUUUUGAAAUCAGUGAGAGGUAUCGUGUUUAUUCAACUGAAUUGUAAUUUUGUUUCACUUAAUUGAUUACAUAUAAACAACAGACUCUCU